AAAUACUAAUUACGAGACACUCGAAGGGGUUUCCUGCAAUUUUACUUCUCUAUAGUACCCGCACUCCGUUCACAACCAAAUUCCACCCCCGGCGACAUACACCACCACCCGCCCCUCGGCCGCCGCCGCCGCCGCCGCCGCCGAUGUCCCUCGGGAGCCGCGCCGCCGCCGUCUUCGGCGGCGCCGCUCUCGCCAAGACCCUCUGCGCCGUCCACGUCGUCAACGCCCACCUCUGCGGCGUCGCCUUCGUGCUGGGCCCAAGCAUGCUCCCGACCAUGAACCUCACCGGCGACGUGGUGGCCGUGGACCGGAUCACCGCGCGGUGGGGCUCCGUCGCCGUGGGGGACGUCGUCCUCCUCCUGUCCCCGGAAAACCCUAGGAAGACCGUCGCCAAGCGGAUCAUGGGGCUCGAGGGCGACGCCGUGACCUACCUCGUCGAUCCCGCCAAGGGCGACGAGUCCAAGACCGCGGUGGUGCCCAAAGGGCAUGUUUGGGUGCAGGGGGAUAACAUUUAUGCUUCAAGGGAUUCGAGGCAGUUCGGGCCGGUGCCGUAUGGAUUGAUACAGGGCAGGAUCUUUUGUAGGAUCUGGCCACCAGAAAGUUUUGGAUUUAUCGGUCAAAAGGCGUAGCUCGGUAGAAAGGUAAUCCCCAAGUUCUUUAGUGUAUUAUUAAUUUGCUUCAGGCUUCUUGUUGGUCAUUAUCUAUUCUAAUUCUUCCAUUUGCACAGCUCAUUUUGCCAAUUUGCUUCUAUUAGUGCCAUAUACAAACAUGUAUGUUGGUAUAAUUGCUGCUAUCUUACAAUCACCGCAGGCAGGACCGACAGACCUUGUUUUUGCAAUGAGUCCUGCUUUGACAUGAAGUUUCUUUAGUGACUGUAACCUUUUCUUUCUAAUUUAUGUACGGCAAAGUUGCGAUAGCUUGAUGCACCUCCCUUCAGCCCAAACAAGCUCUUGUGUUUUUGUUGCGUUUUAUUUCAAUUGUCUCUUUCGUUACCCCCCGCCAGAAUUCGUCUCAUCGAACCCAAAGGUCGGGUAUCAAUCAAGGUUGGGGCUUGGAUCUAUCCCCUGAUCGAUUAUUUCUCAUUGAUUCUAAUUUUCCGACAAGAAUCUUGUGAACAAGAAAAUUUUCCAAUCGCGGUUUGGUCUUUAAUCUAAAGGGCUAAGAGUCUGUGACAUGCUUCUAUGCUGUACCUUCAUCAGGUUAAUUUAUUUUUUCUCUCUUUUUUUCUGAUUGAAACUGUAUGAUUGUAAUGUAUAAUCUUUACUUUUGCUUCUUCCUUUUUUGUUUUUUGGGGUAACAGUAUCAGUUUGGACUUGUUAUUCUGAAGUAGAGAGUUUUGGUAUUGAUUUGUUUUUCCCUGUUAA